UAUUCAUCUGUCGUAAUGCCGAAAUUACUCUAUUUAUUCAAAGUUGGUAAUAUUAAACAAAAACUAAUAACCAAGCCCACUCUGUCACCUCAUCAGCAGAUCACCAUCAACCUCUCCCAGAGCCUCUCCCUCCUUCAGAAGUGGCUACCAUUCAGAAAGCACCCUGACUUUGAAACCCAUGUCAAACACUACCUUCUUUCCCCAAGGAUGGAGACAGGGGAAAUGAUAGAAUGGCACCAACUAGACAAAAAGAAAUACUUUAUCCUGGCCCCUUCUUUUUUUAUGGUAGUACGUGGCCUAGUGUACCCAUUCAACCUCAUAAAGACUAGACUCUACAUGCAAGAAAAGAAAUCAAUAUACACAGGGACGACCAACGCUUUCAUUAAGAUAGCCCAGUACGAGGGUAUAUCUGGUCUUUACAGAGGGUUUUUAUUUAAUUCGUUUGGGUUGGUAGCUGGUCAGGUUUACAUUAUCACAUACGAGCUGGUACGAAGCCGUCUACAUGGUUACCGGACGGAGCUAAAGGGCCUACUGGCGGGCGGUUGUGCUACAGUCAUGGGACAAACUGUAACCGUCCCUGUUGACAUCAUAACCCAGCACAGAAUGAUGGCCGGCCAGUUCAAAUAUUACACAAAAGGAAUGACUCAGUCGACUCAGAACUUACCCACUGCCGUUGAUAUAGUGAAGGACAUAAUGAGACGAGAGGGUUUUCGAGGAUUUUUUAAAGGGUACCACGUCUCUCUGAUGACAUACGCACCUAACAGUGCACUCUGGUGGUCUUUUUAUAGCGGCGCAUAUGAAAAGGCUGUCCAAUUUGGACUAUUGGACUACUUCCCAUUGCCAGUAGUACAAUCUGCCACUGGUGUAGUAGCAGCUGUUCUAGCAGCAUCAAUAACGAAUCCAAUGGAUGUAUUGAGAACUAGAUAUCAAUUAGAACAAGAUAACACAUUCCGUGAAACAUGUCGCCAAUUCUGGCAGAAUGAGGGUAUUAGGGGAUUCACUAAAGGACUCAGUGCUAGAUUAGCGGCCACCAUACCAACAGCUGCCAUUAUGGUAACUAGUUACGAGCUCGUUAAGAGACUGAGUCUCAAAGUCAGCUAGCAGGUCAAUGGCUUCCGAUUUUAUUUAUUUUAAAAUAAUAAUUAUUUUCAGAGAGGCUGUAUACAAAUUAUAAUUAUCAAAAUUAAUAAUAAUUAAAUUAUUAAAGCUAUUAUUAUUGUUAUUAAACAUCCUAAAUUAUCGGGUGCAGAUGAAAGUAAUUCGUGAUCUUGAACUACACUGGUCUGGUAGUAAAUAUUUGGAACCUAUAGAAAGGACCCCAUACCACCAUGAUACCACAUAAAAACCACAUAUAAUAUAGCAAGCACAUAGUUUCAAUCAACUGAUGAAGCUCUUGUAUUUGCUGUUUGAUUAUAGUAUUGUGAAUUACAGAACAACAUAUGCAAUAUACCAUUGGUUAUUAAUCAAACAAUU